CAGCCAUCGAGGCAAAUUUUCUCGUUCCAGCAACCUUCUGCUCAUCAUGUGUACUCUGGUCGCGAUUCUCUUAGUGGCGGCUCUGUCAGUGGCGACCGCAGCACCAUCUGGUUACUUGGGCCAUGGUGCGGCGUUAGCCGGCCCGAUUCUGGGACCGGCAACCCUCACCGGACCUGCUAAUGGUCCAUCAGCCCUCGCCGGGCCAGUAGUUGGACCCGCACGUCUCUCCGGAGCUGUCGAUGGCGGUGCUGUUGUCACCGGUGCGGUAGCUGGACCGUCGGUCGUUUCUGGUAGCGCCGCAGGAUACACGACGGUGACUGGCCCGGCUCACGGCUACGCCGCCCCAGCAUUGGGAUGGCCGGCUUAUGGUCCAUACGGAACAGUACUGGCGGGCCCUGCUGUAGGUCCAGCGGCCCUCGCAGGUCCGGUCGCGGCUCCAGCUUUAAUCGCAGGCCCAUCCGGUAGCAUCGCUGCUGGACACGGUGGUUUAGGCGGUAUCGUUCGGGGGUAUACAGCCGGACACUGGUAAUUCGUUUCAUUCGGCAACGUGACCCAAGGACCUCCGCGACUGAUCUCUUCGGUAUCCACCAUCUCGACCAUUGCAUCGUGAACUUCGUCAUUUCGGGGUAUCUCCCGUCAGCGUAUCUCUUAUAUGUUCUAUAUAUGUGUACAUAACAAUGUUUUCCCAUAUACAGUGUUAUACAUAAAAAUAAUAAAUGCGCACACA